ACCCGGCCCCUCUCCAGCUCCCGCGCCGCCGCCGCACGCCGAUGGCUGCGGGGUCUCGCGCCGUCGCACAGUCCCCACGCGACAAGCGACCUUCGGGCUCAGGGCGGCGGCGGCUGCUGCAACGAGGAUUAGGAGGGCGGCGCGGAAGCCAGGAAUAGUGUCGUCAGCAGCAGCUAUUCGGUCCCAGGAGGAAAAGAGGCUGUGGCAGCGACGCCGACGUCCUGCGCGUACCCCCUCUCCGCGGCACCCACCGGGCCCCCUCCUCCUCCUCUUCGGCGGCGGCAGCGUCCACCAUCUUCCUCUUGCUGCCAGUGGUAGCGCUCGUCUGGCGGAGCUGGGGCUGAAAGACACACAGAAGUCUUCAUGGAUAUAGUUGAUACAUUUAAUCAUUUAAUUCCUACUGAACACUUAGAUGAUGCCCUAUUUCUAGGAUCCAACCUGGAGAAUGAAGUCUGUGAGGAUUUUAGUGCAAGUCAAAAUGUCUUAGAGGACUCGCUGAAGAACAUGCUCAGCGAUAAGGAUCCUAUGCUAGGAUCUGCAAGUAACCAGUUCUGUUUGCCUGUUUUGGAUAGCAAUGAUCCCAAUUUCCAGAUGCCUUGUUCAACAGUUGUUGGUCUUGACGAUAUUAUGGAUGAAGGAGUUGUUAAAGAAAGUGGCAAUGAUACCAUUGAUGAAGAAGAACUGAUUUUACCUAACAGGAACUUAAGGGACAAGGUAGAAGAAAAUUCAGUGAGAUCACCAAGAAAAUCACCUCGUUUAAUGGCACAAGAACAAGUAAGAAGUUUGCGGCAGAGCACUAUUGCCAAGCGUUCAAAUGCAGCACCAUUAAGUAACACAAAAAAACCAUCUGGGAAGACUGUAUCUACCCCUAAAGCAGGAGUGAAACAGCCAGAAAGGAGUCAGGUUAAAGAAGAAGUUUGUACGUCACUGAAACCUGAGUACCAUAAGGAGAAUAGAAGGAGCAGCCGAAAUAGUGGACAAAUUGAAGUGGUACCUGAAGUAUCAGUGUCUUCAAGUCAUUCUUCAGUGUCAUCUUGUCUUGAAAUGAAGGAUGAAGAUGGAUUAGAUUCUAAGCAUAAGUGUAAUAAUCAGGGAGAAGCAGAUGUGCCAUCUCAUGAAUUAACUUGUUCACUUCUUUCAGAGACUUGUGUUACUAUUGGAGAAAAGAAAAAUGAAGCUCUGAUGGAAUGUAAAGCCAAGCCUGUUGGUAGCCCAUUGUUUAAGUUUUCAGAUAAAGAACAUGAACAAAAUGAUUCCAUUUCAGGUAAAUCGAAUGAGACUGUUGUUGAAGAAAUGAUAGCAACAAGAAAAGUUGAACAAGGAUCAAAGGAGACUGUAAAAUUAUCCCGUGAAGAUGACCAUAUUCUUGGGGACCCUGGAUCUUCUGAUAGUUCUGGUGAUACUGCUUGUACAAAUCCAAAUAAGACAGAAAACAGCCUUGUAGGUUUGCCUAGUUGUGUGGAUGAAGUGACUGAAUGUAAUUUGGAAUUGAGGGAUACCAUGGAUAUUGCUGAUAAAACUGAGAACACCCUUGAAAGAGAUAAAAUGGAACCAUUGGGUUAUUGUGAAGAUGCAAAGUCUAAUAGACAGUUGGAGAGCACUGAGUUUAAUAAAUCAAACUUAGAGGUGGUUGAUACUAGUACUUUUGAACCAGAAAGUAAUAUUUUGGAAAAUGCUAUUUGUGAUGUGCCUGACCAAAAUUCAAAACAGUUGAAUGCUGUAGAAAGUACUAAAAUAGAGUCCCAUGAAACAGCAAACCUUCAGGAUGACAGAAACAGCCAGUCAAGUAGCGUUUCUUACUUAGAGUCAAAAAGUGUAAAAUCCAAACAUCCAAAACCUGUAAUUCAUUCUAAGCAAAACAUGACCACAGAUACUCCGAAGAAAAUUGUUGCAGCAAAGUAUGAAGUAAUGCAUAGCAAAACUAAAGUUAAUGUCAAAAGUGUGAAACGAAAUACUGAUGAACCAGAAUCUCAGCAAAAUUUUCAUAGGCCAGUCAAAGUCAGAAAAAAACAAAUUGAUAAGGAGCCAAAGAUUCAGACUUGCAAUUCUGGGGUUAAAUCUGUGAAAAACCAAGCUCAUUCUGUAUUGAAAAAAACAUUACAGGACCAAACUGUAGUACAAAUUUUCAAGCCCUUAACUCAUUCUUUGAGUGAUAAGUCACAUGCUCAUCCUGGUUGCUUGAAAGAACCUCAUCAUCUUGCACAAACUGGACAUGUAUCACAUUCCAGCCAGAAACAGUGUCAUAAGCCUCAGCAACAGGCCCUAGCAAUGAAAACCAAUAGUCAUGUGAAGGAAGAGCUUGAACACCCAGGCAUUGAGCAUUUUAAGGAAGAGGAUAAACUGAAACUGAAAAAACCUGAGAAGAACCUACAACCCCGCCAAAGAAGAAGCAGCAGAAGUUUUUCUUUAGAUGAGCCACCAUUGUUCAUUCCAGAUAACAUAGCUACCAUAAAAAGAGAAGGCUCUGAUCAUAGCUCCUCAUUUGAAAGCAAAUAUAUGUGGACUCCCAGCAAGCAGUGUGGGUUUUGCAAAAAACCCCAUGGCAACAGGUUUAUGGUUGGCUGUGGGAGAUGUGAUGACUGGUUUCAUGGUGAUUGUGUUGGGUUAAGUCUUUCUCAAGCACAACAGAUGGGCGAGGAAGACAAAGAAUAUGUCUGUGUAAAAUGUUGUGCUGAAGAAGACAAAAAGACUGAAAUAUUAGAUCCAGAUACUUUGGAAAACCAAGCUACAGUUGAAUUCCAUAGUGAAGAUAAAACAAUGGAGUGUGAAAAGCUUGGAUUAUCAAAACACACAGCAAAUGAUAGAACCAAAUAUAUAGAUGAUACAGUGAAGCACAAGGUCAAAAUUUUAAAACGGGAGUCUGGUGAAGGCAGAAAUUCAUCAGACUGUAGAGAUAAUGAAAUUAAAAAAUGGCAGCUAGCUCCUCUUCGUAAGAUGGGACAACCAGUUUUACCUCGGAGAUCCUCAGAAGAAAAAAGUGAAAAAAUACCAAAAGAGUCUACAACUGUUACUUGCACAGGAGAAAAAGCUUCAAAACCAGGUACUCUUGAGAAGCAAGAGAUGAAAAAGAAGAAAGUUGAAAAAGGAGUGCUUAAUGUACAUCCUCCUGCUGCUUCUGCUUCCAAGCCUUCUGCAGAUCAGAUCAGGCAAAGUGUCAGACAUUCUCUCAAAGACAUUCUUAUGAAGAGACUUACAGACUCAAAUUUGAAGGUACCAGAGGAAAAGGCAGCAAAAGUUGCCACAAAAAUUGAGAAAGAACUUUUCUCUUUUUUUCGGGACACAGAUGCUAAAUAUAAGAACAAAUACAGAAGUUUGAUGUUUAAUUUGAAAGAUCCUAAAAACAAUAUAUUAUUUAAAAAAGUACUGAAAGGAGAAGUAACUCCUGAUCAUCUUAUCAGAAUGAGUCCAGAAGAACUAGCUUCUAAAGAGUUAGCUGCUUGGAGACGAAGAGAAAACAGACAUACCAUAGAAAUGAUUGAGAAAGAGCAGAGAGAAGUGGAACGACGGCCAAUCACCAAAAUAACUCAUAAAGGUGAAAUAGAAAUUGAGAGUGAUGCCCCAAUGAAAGAACAGGAAGCAGCCAUGGAGAUUCAGGAACCAGCUGCCAAUAAGUCACUGGAGAAGCCAGAAGGAUCUGAAAAACAAAAAGAGGAGAUUGACUCUAUGUCUAAAGAUACCACUAGUCAACACAGACAGCAUCUUUUUGAUCUCAAUUGCAAAAUUUGCAUAGGUCGAAUGGCACCACCUGUAGAUGAUCUUUCUCCAAAAAAAGUAAAAGUUGUUGUAGGAGUAACUCGUAAACAUUCAGACAAUGAAGCAGAAAGUAUAGCAGAUGCGUUGUCUUCAACCUCAAAUAUUUUGGCUUCUGAAUUCUUUGAGGAGGAGAAACAAGAGUCUCCAAAGUCAACAUUCUCUCCUGCUCCGCGUCCAGAGAUGCCUGGAACUGUUGAGGUUGAGUCUACCUUUCUGGCUCGAUUGAACUUCAUCUGGAAAGGUUUUAUCAACAUGCCUUCUGUGGCAAAAUUUGUUACCAAAGCCUAUCCAGUAUCUGGCUCCCCUGAAUACCUGACAGAGGAUCUACCAGAUAGUAUUCAAGUAGGUGGCAGGAUAUCACCUCAGACAGUUUGGGAUUAUGUGGAAAAAAUAAAAGCAUCAGGAACCAAGGAAAUUUGUGUGGUUCGCUUCACACCAGUAACUGAAGAAGAUCAAAUUUCUUACACUUUGCUCUUUGCAUACUUCAGUAGCAGAAAGCGCUAUGGAGUAGCUGCUAACAACAUGAAGCAGGUUAAAGAUAUGUACCUUAUUCCUUUGGGUGCCACAGAUAAAAUUCCACACCCUCUUGUGCCUUUUGAUGGACCUGGGCUUGAACUGCAUAGACCUAAUCUAUUGUUGGGCUUAAUUAUUCGUCAGAAACUGAAGCGGCAGCACAGUGCCUGUGCUAGUACGAGUCAUAUAGCUGAGACUCCUGAAAGUGCACCAAUAGCAUUGCCACCUGAUAAAAAAAAUAAAAUAGAAGUUUCUACGGAAGAAGCACCAGAGGAAGAAAAUGACUUUUUUAAUUCCUUUACAACUGUAUUACACAAGCAGAGAAAUAAACCUCAGCAGAAUCUUCAGGAAGACCUUCCAACAGCAGUUGAACCUUUAAUGGAAGUCACCAAACAUGAGCCACCAAAACCUUUAAGAUUUCUUCCUGGCGUACUGAUUGGCUGGGAAAAUCAACCUACUACUCUGGAAUUAGCAAAUAAACCUCUUCCUGUGGAUGAUAUACUUCAAAGCCUUUUGGGCACCGCUGGUCAAGUAUAUGACCAGGCUCAGUCAGUGAUGGAACAAAACGCUCUUAAAGAAAUUCCAUUUUUAAAUGAGCAGACCAACUCAAAAAUAGAAAAAAUAGAUAAUGUGGAAGUCACUGAUGGUGAAAACAAGGAGGUAAAAGUUAAAGUAGAUAAUCUUUCAGAAUCCACAGAUAAGUCAGCAGUAAUAGGAGAAGAAACAUCAAUAGUAGGAUCCUCUUCCAUUUCUGCAGGUCCUUUGACAAGUCUUAGUCUCAGAGGUAAACCACCAGAUGUUUCUACAGAAGCAUUUUUAACAAAUUUAUCGAUUCAGUCAAAACAAGAGGAAACUGUGGAGAGUAAAGAGAAAACAUUAAAAAGACAGCUUCAGGAAGAUCAAGAGAAUAGUUUGCAAGAUAACCAGACUUCAGAUAGUUCUCCAUGCAGAUCUAAUGUAGGAAAAGGAAACAUAGAUGGUAAUGUGAGCUGUAGUGAAAACCUUGUUGCUAAUACAAGGUCUCCACAGUUUAUCAACCUAAAAAGGGAUCCUAGGCAAGCAGCAGGACGAAGUCAGCCUGUAACUAGUUCAGAAAGCAAAGAUGGAGAUAGUUGCAGGAAUGGAGAAAAACACAUCCUUCCUGGUCUGUCACACAACAAGGAGCACUUAACAGAACAAAUGAAUGUAGAGGAAAAGUUGUGUUCUGUAGAGAAAAACUCGUGUGUUCAGCAGAGUGACAAUUUAAAAGUUGCACAAAACUCGCCAUCGGUAGAAAACAUACAGACUUCUCAGGCAGAACAAGCAAAACCCUUACAGGACGAUAUUUUAAUGCAAAAUAUUGAAACUGUGCACCCAUUUCGAAGAGGAUCAGCAGUAGCGACAUCUCAUUUUGAAGUUGGAAACACAUGUCCAUCAGAAUUUCCUUCUAAAAGCAUCACCUUUACUUCCAGAAGCACCAGCCCCAGAACAAGUACAAACUUUUCACCCGUGAGGCCACAGCAGCCCAACCUUCAGCAUCUCAAGUCUAGCCCACCUGGAUUUCCAUUUCCAGGGCCUCCUAAUUUUCCCCCACAAAGCAUGUUUGGAUUUCCUCCACAUUUGCCACCUCCAUUACUUCCCCCUCCAAGCUUUGGCUUUGCUCAAAAUCCCAUGGUUCCCUGGCCACCUGUUGUUCAUCUCCCAGGUCAGCCACAGCGUAUGAUGGGUCCUCUCUCACAAGCAUCAAGGUAUAUAGGCCCACAGAGUUUUUACCAGGUUAAAGACGUUCGGAGACCAGAAAGGCGCCAUAGUGACCCUUGGGGUAGGCAAGACCAACAGCAACUGGAUAGGUCAUUUAAUAGGGGUAAAGGGGACCGCCAGAGAUUUUAUAGUGAUUCACACCACUUGAAAAGAGAGCGACAUGAAAAGGAAUGGGAGCAAGAAUCUGAAAGGCAUAGACGCAGAGACAGAAGCCAAGACAAGGACAGAGACAGAAAAAGCAGGGAGGAAGGGCACAAAGAUAAAGAGAGGGCACGGUUAUCACAUGGUGAUCGAGGAACAGAUGGAAAAGCAAGCAGAGAUAGUAGGAGUGUAGACAAGAAGCCAGAUAAACCUAAAAGUGAAGACUAUGAGAAGGACAAAGAUCGAGAGAAAAGUAAACAUAGAGAAGGAGAAAAGGACAGGGAUAGGUACCACAAAGAUAGGGACCACACUGACAGAACUAAAAGCAAAAGGUAAAAUUUGCAGGCUGCUUCAGGAUUACAUUUAAGUAACUGUUAAAUGUUGUAUCUUGUAAACAAGAAAGAUUGCCUGCUAGGAUUGUGCCAUCUUUAAAAUUUUUACUGUCAGUCAUUUGCAGAACAGUAAAUUCUGUGUGUUGGUGCAGAGUGCCCUGUACCAGUGCUCAUCAUCCCUUCUUCAUACCAACUGUCCCUAGUUAUAGGAAUUUAAUAUUUUUAAAAGUUUUACAUUGCUGUAUAUUCAAAGAUUUGUUUUAUUAAUAUGCAAUAAAGGCUUAGAAAUUUUAGUUUUAUUCCUUAAUUGGUAAAUAUGGUUAACUAUGGAAUAUAUUUACUGCCUCUAGUGAAUGUCCUUUAUAUAAUGACUAAUUUGGGAGUAAUGUGUGCUCUGUAAGUUUGUUUUAAAUUGCACUGUUUUUAAAGAAACUGUAGAGGAGCAACAAAAAUCCAAGCAACUUCAUAAUCAGAUUAUGCUAAUCAUUUAGUUGAGCAGUUUUUGACCAAGAAUCAGAAGCCCAAGGGGUACAUUUAUUGCUUUAAUCUGCACUCAUUGAAGUCAUUUAUUACCAUGUACUACAGCUUUGUGGUAGGCCAUUGUUUUCAUUUUCAUUUUUGGCUCUUCAGAAACUUGAAUACUUAAGCUUGUACAUGAUCUUGUGUUUUGCUAUCCUUUUUACUGUAAAAUGUAAAUAUUUUAAGGGAUAUUUUGAUUCUAAAUAUGAUAAAAGAAUUUCUCACCUAUUUUGUGUGUGUGACUUGAAAUUCAGUAGUAAAAGAAUUUCUUCUUUAAAGCUUUAAUUACCUUCAAACAUUGAUUUUUCAUUAUUCAGUCAAGAACAUAUAGACAUGGCUAUCUAUGUCAGGCAUUAUUAGAUGAGGGGAAAAACAAUUUUUUAAAAUCUUAAAUUAUAGGCUGAGAUGAAUUGUGUAGUUCUAAAGAGACUAGAAUUUACUUGUGAAACACUGUGCAGCUAUAGCCCCCUUUUAGGUAAGUUUCUGAAAACUUUCACACCAUCACAAUUUGGUACUCUGACUCACUAAUCAUUAAAAUUAAAGACCACAGAACUUGAAGAGAAAUGUUUUGAAUCUUUUUAUAAAAUGUGAUUUAGCCUAAUUUGUAAAGUAACUGUACAGUUUCGUAUACUAGUUUUACUUGGAAAAAAAAAAAACAUGAAAACUAUUAAUUCAAAUCUAAAUUUAUUUAAACCCUAAAACACAUGGUUUUGAUGGCUGUAAUGUAAAGCAAGAGCUAUCAAAUGAUGCUGACAAAAAAAAAAAAAAAAAAAACUCCCAAAAAACAAAGAGAACUCAGUAUAUUUACUUACCUAUAUUAAUGAAGAAAAAUAUAAAUAAUUGCACAAAAUUAAGAUUGUUUUCCUAAAGAACUUAGAGUUAAAAAUUGGUUUUGAAACAGAAUUGUCUUUGUUAUUUUUGCUGGAGAGAAGGGAGGAAAUUCAGAACCAAACAUUCUAUCUAAUUUGCAAUGACUUGCAGUACUUUUUUCCCUACCUUAUCCUCUGAAAUUUGUCGUCAUAAAGUUCUAAAACAGAGGACUUGUGUUUAAAUAAAGCCCGUUUAACUUUGGUCCACUUUUCUUUUGGAAAUUAACCUGUUAGAAAACAAAUUCCCAAACAAAACAAAAUCUAAGUCAUAAUUUGCACCAUUACAAAGAAAUUGCUGUCAGGGUUUUACACAUUAAAAACAAAAACAUUAGUUUUUCAAUUUCAUAUGUAUAUGUCAUCAAUACAUCUCCCUUUACUGA